GGCAGUUCUAGCAAAGAUGGUGGAUGUCCUAUAGCUAGCUAAUAUUAGCCCCGUCGUAGUCACAGCACUGGCUAACGUUUGUCAUUCAAUGUAACUCAAAAUGUCUGUUGCUUUUGUACCGAAAAGACAUAGAGGAAAAGCUCAGAUCAACCAAGAAACCAUCCAAAGAUUGCUGGACGAAAAUGACCAGCUGGUAAGGUGCAUCACAGAGUACAUGCAAAAAGGACGAGCAAUGGAAUGUGUACAAUAUCAACAGAUCUUGCACCGCAACAUUGUUUACCUGGGAACCAUAGCAGACGCCAGCCAAACUUGGCUCCAACCACAAACAUCCCCACCAAUGGAAAGGCACCAACAUUGACAGCCCAGAAUGGACAUAAAGCUAUCAUACGAAAUGGGCAAUUUCCUCAAUUGAUUCACAGCUUUCAUUUUGAAAAUAAAGUUGGCUUUUUCCUGACCUACUGCUGUAAAGUAACAUGAGGUGCAUUUAAGAGUUUGGGCAUACUGAGCUUUCGCAGAAUAUCAUCAUUACUCCCAACAGGUCAGUUCGUGAGCAAGUCACCACCAGCAUUGAGUCCUUGAAUUGUUACAUUUGAAAUACACUACUAGGUGUAGCCUUGGACAAUGGCCCACUGAACUUCAACCCAAGUUAAAACCAGAAAACUAGAUGUACAACAGCCUACUAGGCAGCCUGUCACCCCUCAAAUAAAAGGAUCAUACAGU